AAAUUGUAAUGUUCGCGGAAUAAUAAUUAUUUGUUUCAAAUUUCGUUCAUCUUCUUCCUCUCCUCUUCUCUCUCUCUCUAUACGACCCGUAGACCUUCACUUCUUGUGGGCUUUUAAUCCAUACUUGCAAUUGCCGCCAAUCAAUUUCCCGCUCAAAAUUUCCGAUCAUUUCUACCGGUAAUUGUCGAUCGGAUGAUGUAAGAAGAGGUAUUAGGAAUCCGUUGCCAUUUUUAAAUCUCCGCGUCUCUCUUUCUGCAACUCAGGCCUCCGUGCGUAGCUGAGAGGAGGCCAACCGUACGAAAGCCCUAGAACGUGAUCUAAUUGAAUAUGUCGAGUUCUCUACCUUACUCUGUCAAGGAUGUUCAUUACGACAAUGCUAAGUUUCGACAGAGAUCCUACGUCAAGGUGAUGACUCAGAAUUUACUCACUGGUAGCAGAAAACGUGAUUAUCUAAGUUGUAGCACAGGAAAAUUUCUUGUAUUACUUUUGAUCUUCGGUUUGGCAUAUCUUUUAUUGACAAGUGCUACUCCUGUCCAUGUUCCCAACAAACUUGCCAAAGUUAGCGAGAAUAGUGAGAAACAAGAGAUUAAAAAUAAUGGUGGCAUCAACUUCAGGAACUUAUGGAGGAAAGCUCCUAGGCUUCCCCCUCAAUUACCACCAGAUGAAAAAGGUAGCAAUACUAGCUAUCAUAUCGAUCCAAACACGUUAAUCUCUGAGUCUUUAUGGAUUUCAAGGCAACAGAAAGUAAAGGAUGCGUUUAUCCAUGCAUGGUCCGGCUAUAAAAGGUAUGCAAUGGGGUAUGAUGAACUUAUGCCACUGAGCCAGCAUGGAACCGAUGGGUUGGGAGGUUUAGGUGCUACAGUUGUGGAUGCCCUUGACACUGCCAUGAUAAUGGGCGCUAGUGAUAUUGUCUCUGAGGCAGGCUCAUGGAUUGAAAAAAACCUUAUGGAUAGAAUUAAGGAAAAAGGACAAGUCAAUUUAUUUGAAACUACCAUACGUAUUGUAGGUGGUCUCUUGAGUGCAUAUCAUUUGAGAGCUGGAGAGUAUGGGAAGACCUUUGGAAAUGAAGGACCCAAACCUGCUGUUUAUCUAGAAAUUGCGAAGAACUUGGCUGAUCGUUUGCUAAGUGCUUUUACCUCCAGUCCAACUGCUAUUCCUCUCUGUGAUGUAGUUUUAAAAGAUUCCUCUGCCCAUGCAGCUCCUGGUGGAUCAAGUAGUACAUCCGAAGUAUCCACUUUGCAACUGGAAUUUAAUUAUCUUAGUACUGUUUCAGGCGACCCAAAGUAUUCAAUUGCUGCUAUGAAGGUCUUGGAACACAUGAAGAGCCUUCCAAAAGUGGAAGGUUUGGUUCCCAUCUAUAUUAGCCCUCAUACUGGCAAAUUUAGUGGUGAAACCAUAAGACUGGGAUCUCGUGGUGAUAGCUACUAUGAGUAUCUACUGAAAGUGUGGCUUCAGAAGCGAACAAGCGGAAAUAGUAAUUUCACUUACCUACAUGAUAUGUAUGAAGAAGCCAUGAAAGGUGUUAAACAUCUUCUUGUUCGGAAGUCUAUUCCAAAUGGGUUGGUUUUUGUUGGAGAACUGCCCUAUGGAUCAGAUUCUACUAUUAGUCCGAAGAUGGAUCAUCUGGUAUGUUUCUUAUCAGGUACCCUUGCUCUUGGUGCUACCAAGGGCAUCACCAAGGAAGAAGCCAUGAGUAAAAGCUUGUUGAACUUUGAUGAUCUGGAAAAUUUAAAUCUGGCAGAGGAUCUUGCAAAAACUUGCUUUGAAAUGUAUGAAGUAACCUCUACCGGUCUUGCCCCAGAAAUUGCUUAUUUUCAUACCGAGGAAUAUUCUGAACAAGGCCUUGAUGGUGGAAAUAAAAAAUCGAAAUACAUUGAUGACAUAAUAAUCAAGCCACUGGAUCGUCAUAAUCUUAUGCGGCCCGAAACAGUCGAGUCAUUGUUUGUCCUGUAUCGUAUCACAGGCGAUCCGAAGUAUCGUGCAUGGGGGUGGGAGAUUUUCGAAGCAUUCGAGAGGCACACAAAGGUUAGUAGUGGUGGAUAUACAUCACUAGAUGAUGUUACUACGAUUCCUCCUCGGAGAAGGGACAAAAUGGAGACAUUCUUCCUGGGGGAGACACUCAAGUAUUUGUACUUGCUAUUUGGGGACAGUUCCACGAUCCCAUUGGAUAAAUAUGUAUUCAAUACUGAAGCACAUCCUCUACCAAUGGACGGCAAUAUUCAGAUUCAAUGAUACCAAAAUUGUGUUCGGUUGAAAGGUUGGCAACUAAUCGUACCACAUUAGCUCACGGAAGCCUGUCAUGGUAAAAUCAAAUGGAAUAGAAGGUUUCACUUGCCAAUUCACAUGAGGUGCAUUACUGAUAUCUCGAUAAUUUAACCUUUCGUUGAAUUAUUUUCUUUUUUUCAAAUAUAGGUUUUUUGUUUUUCUAGUCUCUACAUCUUAGUCUAGCUUAAACAAAUAAUUUUGAUCAUGAUCAUUAAAAUUUGUGCACAAUGUAACCAUUUUUCGUGUUUUCUCAAACAAUUUUUAAAAAAAAAAUUUGAAAUUUGAAAUACUAAGUUGAAUAUGAGUAUGAACUUGAACUACAGUAGCGGCUAGUUGUUUCCAUUUAUUCACAUUCAACCGUUUCAAUUCUAUUCA